AUGGAUGUCAUGGAAGACAUCCCAAUGCUGAACGGGCUUGCCCCUGAAGAGGGGAAUGUUUUGAACAAGUUCGCAAAAAUCCCGCUGGCUGCCAGUGAGCUUGCUUUCAUUCAGCAGAUUUUCGACUCGUCCCACAAGAAGGUCUACACCCGCGACCGCAAGGGUGCGAAGGUGCCCGAUCGGCUCAAGGUGGUGCGGGCCUUCCGCGUUCAAAACCUGCAGAACUGGACGGAGUUCAUGAAGAAGCAGCAGUCCAUCAAGCAGCACAUAGAGACCCUGCGCCAGAGUGGCAACAAGGGAGUCUGCAAGAACGGCCAUGAGCUUGCUCCGCUGGGAACCAGUAGAGAUAAUGGCUGGGGUUGUGAUGGGCGGAGCGAAGAGGGAGGCUGUGCUAGCAAAAUCACUGGGUUUCGGCAGACGAAGGGCAUGAACCGCUUCCGAUGUGAACGUUGUGAUUUCGAUUAUUGUGAGAAGUGCUAUCUCCUGCGGACGGGUGCAAAGGUAUGUCUGAAUGGACAUCCACUUGUGCCGCUGGGCACGACAAGGGACAAUGGCUGGACCUGCGACAAUGCUAGACUGGGCAUCGGCUGUCUCAGAGACAACAAGACCAAGGGCAUCAACAGGUAUCGCUGUGAACAGUGUGAUUUUGACUUGUGCGACCUAUGUCAUCAGAAGCACAUCGGGCAUGUGAACAACAGCAUCGAGAACCUGAAAACUUCCAGCAUGGAGUCCAUGGAGCUUCAUAGCGAAGGCUCAGAUCCGGAGACCAACACAGUGUGGCUCUUCCACGGCACCAACGACGAAGCCGCUGAAUUGAUCACAAAAGGUGAUUUUCUUGUGGACAAGGCCGGGUCCAAUGCGGGUACAUUGUACGGCCGCGGUAUCUACAUGGCCGAAAGCUGCAGCAAGUCUGAUGAAUACUCAGCUGAGAAUUCCGAGGGACUCCGCUGCAUGCUGAUCUGCAGAGCCGUGCUGGGCAACGUGCUUUACAGCGACGAAGUCGCGCCUAACGUUGACAGCUUGGUUCGGCAGUGUCGGAAUGGAAACUACCACAGCCUGUUGGGUGACCGCGAGAAAUGCCGCGGCACCUUUCGCGAAUUCAUCGUCUAUGACGAUGAUCAGGUAUAUCCUGAGAUAGCUGUGUGGUACCAGCGACUGUACGACGGUUGA